CACAAGCUGCUUAUCUACAGAACAGACUCCAUCGAAGACACAUCUGUACAAAGCAAGUGACGACGUCUGGAUCUCCAACACUGAUUUUCAAAAAAUUAAUCAACAGCUGAAUUAUAACAAGGAUGGUCCGAGAGUUUUCGGCUUCUUCCUCGACCAGAGGAUAGCUCCAAAAAACAUUCAAGGGGCUUGAUACUAUCCAGGGCAAAGCAACUUGCUUGAUUGGCACCUCAGCUUCCACGUACAAUAUUCAUUCCCUCCAUCACUGAUCCGCAUAUCAUCUGCAUUUACAUCUAUCAUCUACUAGAUUCACUGUAGCAACUCACCAAGUAUUUUUUUGACAGCACCUUCCAAAUGUUAUCUGUAAACUGCAUGGCAGUGUAUGGUCACAACUGGUCUGAUGCGAUUGGCAUCAGUAUGCCAAUUGCGCCAUCGAAUUCCAGUUCCAGAAGUCGCUGCUGCACGCCGGCCCUGAAGUCUCAGGUAACCAGGAAGAAAAUUAGAGUGAAUGCUGCUUCCAAGCCCAUGUAACUACCAACUAGAAGGAGAAAGGUAGCAGAUGCAGGGAACAUGACCACCUGCAAGAUCCACUCCAAGCCACUCAUUCCUGACUGGAAAUAUAUCACCUCCUUUAAUGUCACUGGCGAAAAUCCUAGAACUUCCUCCCUAACAGCCAUGGGCAUGCCUACGCCACAAGAACAAAGAACAAAGAAAAUUACAGCACAAGAACAGGCAAGAAGGGGGAGUAAAUAAAAAUUUGAAGUUAUUCCAUCAGCUACGAGGAUCGAUAUGUUUAACAGACAGCAGUACUCCAUGUGAGAGAGCUACACGAACUUUAAUAAGCCAAUGGAUGGGGCAUUGACCAUGAGUGAGAAGGCCACACCGGCUAAACACAAGUCCUCUGCUGAUGAGCAAAACAUAAACCGAGUCCAUCCUCUUCAAGCCGAGCUCUAUGACCAGUGCAAAACCAUGUACAACACCGAUAUGCUGAACAUCAUUAAAAGAAGCCCCAGUUUCAUCAGGACAGGGCAAAGUUCAGCAAAAAUAGUUUCUGCAGAGCAGGACCAGUUCAGAAAAUGGAUUCGUGACAACAUCAGGAAAAAGGAGUGCACCUAUUUUUCUGAGAGACAGACUGCUGGGUCAGUAUGUGAGUGUGGGUACCCCAAGGAACAUCACAGUGAGGAAGCCAUUAACCUGGGCCAUUUACACAGUGAGAGCUGGAAUGCCUUGAAACACUGCCAGCAAGUUCCAACUGAUGCAUUUGGAGACAUAGCAUUUAAAGGUCAAGGGCAGAAGACUGCAAAGUACGCCCGAGUCUCAAAUGACACUGCUCCAGCAACACUCUACCAUCUUAUGACUGAGUACUGGGGACUAACCCCUCCGCAUCUUCUCAUUUCUGUAACUGGAGGGGCAAAGAACUUUCACUUGAAGCCAGGCCUGAGAGUCAUGUUCCGGAGAGGCCUAAUUAAAGUGGCUCAAUCGACAGGAGCAUGGAUUAUCACAGGAGGUACCUUUGCUGGUGUAAUGAAGCAUGUUGGAGAGUCAGUGCGACACUGUAAGAUGACCAGCCGAUCCAAGAAACAACAGAUCGUGUCCAUUGGCAUUGCUAGCUGGGGCAUUGUGCAUAACCGAAAGGGUCUGAUAUCUGAAGAGGGCAGUUUUCCUGUGGAAUAUUACAUGGAUGAGGCCAGUCAGGGUAGACUAUCCUGUCUGGACCACAACCAUACUCACUUUAUCCUGGUGGACAAUGGCACCCAUGGACAAUAUGGUGUGGAGAUACCCCUAAGGGCCCAAUUGGAAAAGUACAUCUCAAAGCAGCGAAUGGGAACUGAAGAUGUUGGAAUUGAAAUCCCAAUUGUAUGUGUUGUCCUUGAAGGAGGCCCAGGAACUCUGAAUACUAUAUACAAUGCCAUGGAAAAUGGCACCCCCUGUGUAAUAGUAGAAGGUUCAGGAAGAGUAGCCGAUGUUCUGGCCAAUGCAGCUGAUUUGCCCGUGGCUCAGAUAACCAUCUCCUUCAUCCAGAAGCAACUGCGCGUAUUCUUUGCUGAAACUUACACCAACUUCUCUGAGCAGGAGAUAAUAUCGUGGACCAAAAAGAUCCAGGACAUUGUUCGGAUGCGGGACCAGCUGACUGUUUACCGAGCAGAGAAAUCAAGGAAUGAUGAGUUGGAUGUUGCUAUUCUGGAGGCCUUGCUGAAAGCAUCUAGUUCCUGUGGACACAAAGGCCAGGAGAACCUGGAUCACCAACUGAAGCUGGCGGUGGCCUGGGACAGAGUGGAUAUUGCCAAAAGCAACAUUUUUACCGAUGACAAACAUUGGAAGUCCUACCAUCUCCACCAAGCCAUGUUCGCAGCUCUUGUCAGUGACAAGCCUGGCUUUGUAGAACUAUUCCAGGAGAAAGGGGUGAAUCUGCAGGAAUUCCUCACACCAGAAAUCCUCAUGCGACUUUACAACAACAUCCCGCCCUACACUCUCCUGCACAAGAAGCUACAGAAAGUGGUGCAAGGGGGAAAACAUCCUCAUGUCACUGAUACAACAGACAGCAAGAGGAAUGUCCAUCUCCACCAUGUCUCCAUGGUCCUACAGGAGCUUCUAGGUGAAUUCACCGAACCACUCUACAGAAAACUGAAGGAUGUACAGGAGAGAAAGAAGGUCAACAACACGGCAAUAAAAAUAAAUAUCCUGCCAUCAAGUCCCCAGGAGAUGCAGCAAACCUACUCCCAGGAAAGUGGGAUCUGUGAGCAGGAAGUUGAGAAUCCAGAGCGUGACCUUUUCAUCUGGGCCAUUUUGCAGAAACGCAAAGAUCUGGCAUCAAUUUUUUGGGUGCAGGCAAUGGACAGCAUUGAUGCUUCACUGGUUGCCUGUAAGAUCCUGAAGAAAAUGUCCUGUGAGGAGAAUGAUACAGACCUUUCUGAGGAAAUGGGAGAACUGGCCCAGGAAUAUGAGGAUCGAGCUGUCGGGUUAUUCACAGAGUGUUACAGGAAACACACCAAGCGAGCACAGAAGUUGCUAAUUCGGGUAUCAAGUACCUGGGGGAAUACAACUUGCUUGCGUCUGGCAUUAGAAGCUGAAAGCCAGAAGUUCAUGGCACUUGGAGGUGUUCAGGCACUGCUGACUAAGAUCUGGUGGGGUGAGCUCUCUGUUGACACCAACACAUGGCAAGUGCUGCUCUGCCUUCUUCUCUGGCCUGCAAUUUACUCCAACCUCAUCACUUUCAGGCAGGAUGAAGAAUGGAGAAAGAAGAAGCUAUCCAGUGAUAAUGAGCUGAUUGCCAACCUUCCUGAAAACAGCAAUGUCAAACCUUGCACUGGACAAUGUUCCAUCUCACGGACUGCCCUGCUACCUCAAUCUGAUGAUGUCGAUUUGAAGCCACUGACACACUGGCAGAAGCUACAAACUUUCUACACAGCUCCCGUGGUGGUCUUUUACUGGAAUGUCCUGGCCUAUUUUGGCUUCCUGUGGCUGUUCUCCUAUGUUCUGCUGAUUGAUUUCCAGCAGCAACCUUCAGGAAGGGAAUAUCUUCUCUAUUUCUGGCUGUCAACCCUGGUGUGUGAAGAAAUAAGACAGCUGUUCUAUGAUCCGGGUGGUUUUGGCUUCCGGAGAAAGGCCCUCUUGUACAUCAGCAGUGCCUGGAAUUGUAUGGAUGUGGCUGCCAUCCUGAUUUUUGUGAUGGGGCUCCUUUGCAGGUUUUUCCCUUCAACUUUAUACCUAGGAAGGAUCAUAUUGGCCCUGGAUUUCAUCAUUUACUGUCUCAGAGUGAUGCAUAUUUUUACAGUCAGCAAAACACUGGGGCCAAAAAUUAUCAUGGUGCAAAUGAUGAUGAAGGAUAUCUUCUUCUUCCUGUUUCUACUGGUACUGGCAAUCGUGGCAUAUGGUGUGGCCAAACAGGGUAUUCUCAUCCACAAUGAGCAGCGGCUGGACUGGAUUUUCCAGGGGGUGCUGUACCAGCCGUACCGAAUGAUAUUUGGCGAAAUCCCCACUGAUGUCAGUUAUACAGGUUUUGAUCUAAGCCAGUGCACGGUGAACGGCACUGACCCCUACAAGCCUAUGUGCCCUGAGCAUGACAGUGAGAACAAUCCCAACUUCCCAGAGUGGUUAACCACCAUCCUGUUAUGUCUGUACCUACUUUUCAGCAACAUUCUCCUGCUCAAUCUUUUAAUUGCAAUGUUCAACUACACCUUCCAAGUGGUCCAGGACAAUACAGAUAUAAUCUGGAAGUUUCAGAGGUAUCCCUUAAUCGAGGAAUAUUACUGCCGCCCACCUGCACCCCCUCCCUUCAUCAUAUUCAGUCACAUCUUUCUCUUAAUUGAACAAUUAGCCCAGAGGAAACCAAGAUGGAAGCACAAGAAAUUCAAGAAACUGCUGGAUGAGAAAGAGGAAGCCGAGCUAUUGGCCUGGGAAGCCAUCAUCAAGGAGAAUUACCUGAUCAAACAGAAACGCCAUGAGAGCCAGAGUCUCAACCAACAAAUCAACUACACCAUGGUGAAGAUGGAUGCAGUAGCAGAGGCACUUGACAUCAAUAGGGAAGGCAGCAAAAUGGAGCAGAGAAUGUCUCAUCUGGAGGAACAGAUGAUGCAGACUGUAAAGACCUUGAACUGGAUCGUAAACACACUCGUAGAAAAUAAUUUUGGCUCACGGGAGAGCGCAUCUGCUCUUGGCAUUUCUGACAGUAAAGCUACAGAGGAAGAAAUUGAGCCUGAAGCGAAGGAACUCAAGCCUAUGUGCCAUGUGCAUGCCCGAAGUUUGGUGUAUCCAGGUACCAACAUUAAUCGGUUCCCAGUGCCUGACGAGAAGGUGCCAUGGAAGGUUAAGUUUGAUGGAUAUGCCCCUCCUGUUUACACAACUGAAACAGCAGGAGGAGACCACUCUGCUGGGUUGGCAGAAAGUAAAAGCUUCAAGAUUGGAGAUGCAGGCCCGGACACUCAUAGGCUUGAGGAAUUGUUACCCCUAAAUCCACAUGGAAGGACUGGCCUGGGGGGAAGAGGAAGUCUUUGCUGUUAUGGACGAAACAUGGCAAUGGAUCCCAUUAUUACACGCUUUAAGAGGAACUCAGAUAACUCUGCCACUGCAAAAAAUGGCAAGCGGUUACUGGAGUUUCUUGUCAUACGAUAUCCAGGUGAAGACUGGACCCUACCUGCGGGAAUUCUGGAUGCUGGAAAGAUGUUCCCAAGAAACAUGAUGUUCAUCUUAAAUGAAAAAAUGCUGGACAUGUUUCAGAAACUGCAGAAGAAGGCCUUAGAGGUCUAUAAGGGAUAUGAGGAUGAUUCCAGAAACACAGACAAUGCAUGGAUUGAAACUGUGGCCUUCAACUUGCAUUUGGACGAUGACAAUCCAUAUAUAAAUUCGAUCACAAGCAGAGGUAGCUCAGAGACGAGCAUUGAGAUGAAGAUUCCGGUGAUGGUGGAGGGAAUAGCAAAGCAGCUAGCAGUGCAGUGGAAAACUGUGGAGCAAGGAGACCCAGUGUGUGCACGUUACAAAGCAUACUUGCAAGUAGUGACUGACUUUCACGGCGCCUGCUUCUAAGCUGCUCACAUCAUCAGUGCACCAAUGGCAAAGCCAGAGACCACCUCAACCAAGUCGGAGUGGCCAAAAACAAGGGAGACAGAUCUGACCCACUUAGCAAAGCACCAACUAGAUAUUGCUCCUGCAAACAGAGUGGAAACACAAAACCUGCUGAUAAAAAAAAGACACUUGAUAAUGGCACAUUAUAUCGCAUGUUCUGAUCCUGCUACU